AUGGCUCCAUUAUCAGAUUUCGAGAAACAGCGUCAAGCGAAUAUCAAGAGGAAUAAGGAUCUUCUUCGACAAUUGGAAUUGGAUUCAUUAACGGAUUCAAUAUCUCGGGAUGCCAAAAAUGCAAUAGAAGCCUCGAAACCUCCAAGAAAGAAAACCAAGACUCAGGCAUCUCAAAGAAAACCUAAAGGUGAACAAGUUCCUGAAAGAAGAUCCCGAAGACUACGUGGGGUUAACUUGGAUGACAAGGAGUCAAAAGAAUACCAAGAACAAUUGAAGAAAGAGGAAGAAGCCAGACAGAGAAGGCAAGAAUUGCAAGAAUUGAGACAAACCAGACUAUACGGAGAUUUCAAAUUGAUUGAUUUGGUGACUGAUAAACUGGGAGCUUUGAAAAAUGAAGACAAAGUGAUCAAGAAAGAAUCAGUUAAACGUGAAGAAGAUGAAUCACCAGUUAAAGAAGAAGAUGAAGAAGAAAUUUCAAAUGAUGAUGAAGUUCUUCAACUUUUGAAGCAAUUAGGUGACAAGUUUUCUGCUGGGGAUUUCUAUGAAAUUAUCAAAAAAAAGUCAAUCGAUUAUAACGAUAAGGUCUUAGCUUCAAAGAGAAAAGAAUUCGACAAUUUGAAAGUAUUCGAACGUUUUGACCCUCUAGAUAUUAGAAUUACUCAGGAAAGAAUCUCUUCGAUUAAUUUCCAUCCUUCUAAAACUGACCGAGUCAUCACUGCUGGUGAUAAGGCUGGCCAUGUCGGUAUUUGGGCGGUAGAUGCAAAAUCAAACAAUGAAGAUGAACCAGUUAUUACUACGUUAAAGCCUCAUGGUAAAACAGUAUCGAGAAUCAUUUCCAGGGGCCCAACUCAAAUCUUGAGUUCUUCUUAUGAUGGAUCAGUUCGCUUAAUGGACUUGAAUAAAUUGAAUUCGAAUGAUCUCAUAAACGUUAGUCAUCCGUACGAUCUGAGCUUGAGCGAUGUUGCAGUUUCAGAUAUUAAUAUAUGCAAAGAUGAUGCAAAUCUUUUAUAUUUAACUACCUUGAGUGGGAACUUCUACCAACAUGAUUUAAGAGUACCUUUUAAACAAAUUGAGCCAAAAUCAUUUUUAAGAUUACAUGAUAAAAAGAUAGGUUCCUUUUCAAUUAACCCAAAUUCUUGUCAUCAGAUUGCAACGGCUUCCUUGGAUAGAACUUUAAAAAUUUGGGAUUUGCGUAAUGUUGGUAAAUCAACAUUUUCUGAACUCGAUUUAGAUGAACCUUCUCCCCAUCCUUAUGGUUCAUAUGCUUCCAGACUUUCGAUUUCUUGUGUUGAUUGGAAUUCGGAUAAUAGAUUGGUUUGUAAUGGUUAUGAUGAUACCAUUAAUUUGUUUGAUUUUAGUGGCCAAGAUGGAAGUGAUAAAAUAAUUACUGAAUGGUCAGAUACUUAUCAACCAGGGAUCAAAUCGGAAGAUGAAUCAUUAGAAGAGAUUCCUGAAAAUUUCAAACCAUUCACCAGGAUAAAACAUAAUUGUCAAACUGGUCGCUGGGUUACAAUUUUGAAAAGUAAAUGGCAGGAAUCUCCAAUUGAUGGAGUACAAAAAUUUGCAAUUGCAAAUAUGAAUAGAGGAAUUGAUAUUUACGAUCAAAAGGGACAAAUAUUAGCUCAUUUAAGUGAUGCUGAAAAAGUUGGAGCAGUCCCAGCAGUAGUAGGUAUGCAUCCCACCCAAAAUUGGGUAGUUGGAGGAAGUGCAAGCGGUAAGCUUUAUUUAUUCGAAUAG